GGGAAUGAUAACUUUCGGUUUUGUUUUUACUCAUACCUCGCUAAAUGUACAGUGGUUUACGAAAUUUAGACAGCCAGAAUAUAAAACUCAUGCAAACUUUUACAAUGUUCAGAUGCUUGAAUCUUCUGCUGCUGCUGCUGCUUUGUCUCGUCUAUCACAGCGAAAACACCUCUAAACCUGUGUCAGGAGAAAAGGGAGGAAACGUCACACUAACAUGUGAAUUUAAGGCCAUUAAAAUUGUUCACAUUGAGUUAUUCAGUCAGUCAGAAGACAUAGAUGUGUGUCAGGAUGAAGAAUGUAGUGAUCGAGUGUUUAAAGAAGGAAACUGUGACGUCGUCAUCAAGAAUCUGAGCUUCAGUGACGCUGGGAAAUACAUUUUGAGAAUCUAUUACAAUAAUCAGUCAGAGCUGGAGCUACAAACCAGGGAAUACCAACUUCAUAUUCAUGAUGAGAUUACUGUGAAAACAGGCGAGGAGCUGGAGUUGCAUGUUCUGUUGUCUAAUGCUGAUAAAGUGCAGAAAAGCUCUAGUGGAGAGUGGAGGGAGGUUUGGAGCAGAACUGAUGGGGUUCAGAGCGAUCAACUGAAUGAAAAUGAUGAAAACCUGAUCUUUAAAGUAUUUCUGGACAGAGAUGCAGGAACAUACAGAGUUCUGGACACUGAAGGAGAAAUCUUGAUCACAGUGACAGUCACAGAAUCAGGUACAGAAUCAAAGGACAAACUGGAGAAUGAUAAAGACAAAACGAAUGGCACUGAACAACAGACGAAAUGGAUUGUGCCAGUUGUAGUGUGUUUGGUGAUUCUGGUGGUUCUGAUUGUGAUUUCUGUCAUCAUACGGCGACGUCAGCACAGAGGUCACACACAGGUUCCAGCAGAGGAGAAUCAAGAGCCCCCACAGGAACUGGAGGAACUAUAAUGAUCUUCACUGAACGUGACUCAACUGCACA